AUAUUCGGUGGAUGGUAUAACAUGCGUGGUCAUCCGUCCGGAUUUGUCACUCCGGAAAGAAGAGCCAUGGGCCGCCUGUUUCAGCUGCAAGAGAAGUGCCUCCAGGCCAUGGGCCACACUGGGGGUCACGAGAACAGCAUCCCCGACGGAAAGUUGAGCCUGAAGCACAUAGUCUCCUUGGCCUUCGUCGUGUCGGCCCAGUACCCCCUGAUCUCGUACAUCGUCUACAACAGCGAGGACAUGGAGAAGGUCACGGCCUGCAUGAGUGUUGUGCUGACCAACAUGCUGACAGUGAUUAAGAUCACAACCUUCCUGGCCUACAAGCAGGACUUUUGGCGGAUGAUUCAGCGCUUCAGGGAAAUGCAUCAGCAAUCAAAUCAAAGGAAUGUGGACGGGGACGGCUACGGAUACGUGGCAGCCGCCAAUAAGGUGGCCUCCAUGCUGGGACGGGCGUACUGCGUCUCGUGCGGUUUCACGGGGCUGUACUUUAUGCUGGGACCCAUUGUUAACAUUGUUGCCAGCAAAUGGAGGGGCACGACAUAUGUCCGAGAGCUGCCCAUGCCCAUGAAAUUCCCUUUCAAUGAUGUCAAUACCCCAGGCUACGAAGUUGGUUUCUUGUACACAGUGCUCGUCACCGUGGUCGUCGUGGCCUACGCAUCGGCCGUCGAUGGCCUCUUCAUCUCCUUCGCCAUUAAUUUGCGAGCCCAUUUCCAGACCCUGCAGCGGGACAUCCAGAACUCCAACUAUGCCCUACCCGAGCGAGAGACCCGGGCGGCUCUGCGAUCUGCCGUGGACUACCAUGUGGAGCUGCUCUCCUUGUCCAAGCACUUGCGUGACAUCUACACCCCCAUUGUCUUUGGCCAGUUCUUCAUAACAUCGCUGCAGGUGGGAGUCAUCAUCUAUCAACUAGUUACGCGAUUGGACUCUGUGAUGGAUCUGCUAGUGUACCUAUCCUUUUUGGGCUCCAUCAUGUUGCAAUUGUUUAUGUACUGUUAUGGGGGAGAAAUCAUAAAAGUGGAGAGCUUAAAAGUGGACAUUGCUGUACGCCUUUCCAACUGGCAUUUGGCCUCGGCGACUCUUCGGAAAUCUCUGGCCUUCAUCAUCCUGCGCUCACAGAGGGAGGUCCUGAUUAAGGCUGGCUUCUAUGAGGCAUCGUUGGCUAAUUUCGUGGCGAUUUGCAGAACUGCCUUAUCGCUGAUAACACUAAUAAAAUCUAUCGAGUAGCCGCAUUUUUGCAAUCUUUUUAAUUAUUAUUUAUUCGCCAAUUAAUAGCUUCACAAAACCGACCUAGCUUUAGAAGUUUGCUUAUCACCCUUUAGUGUUUUCUCUUUUUAUUGAUUUGCUGUUUAAAAUUCAACAAUUACAGAGAUAAGCAAUUACAAAGAUUAGCAAAAUGUAUUACCAAGCACCUUAUCGUGUGCCGUCAAUAUAUGCAAAAAAUAAUGUUUGUUUACU